CUUCUUCUCAGUUGGCCCUUUGGAGACCCAAAUAUGACCCCAUUCAACGAGACGAAAGCUGUCCCAGGGAUCCCCUACUUUACACCUCAACAUGUCAAUUCCCCAGGCACACCCGUCUCCGGUACCCAAGACCAAAACAAUGUCCCCAUGCUCUUUAAACCUCUGACCAUUCGAGGCGUCACGCUUCGGAACCGCAUUCUGGUUGCACCCAUGUGCCAAUUCUCUACAGCGCCCACGGGUCCUGAAGCAGGAGCUCUGACCGACUACCACAUCGCCACACUGGGGCACUACGCGCUCAAAGGUUCAUCUUUGGUCAUUAUCGAGGCGACGGGUGUGCAACCCAACGGCCGUAUCUCACCCAACUGUCCAGGCAUCUGGAGCGACGCGCAGAUCCCUGCCCUCCGCCGUGUGUCAGACUUCAUCAAAAGUCAAGGUGCUCUCAGCGGCCUUCAGCUUGCCCAUGCUGGCCGAAAGGCAAGCACUUGCCCACCAUGGAUCGCCAGUAGCACGCCAGACAAGAAAAUCAGCGUUCGCGCGACGGCAGACGUUGGCGGAUGGCCUGAGAAUGUAAAAGGUCCGAUGGGUGGGGAUGAGUGGAGCUGGGACGGCAAGAAGGACAGCGACGAAAGUGGAGGCUUCUGGGCACCCAGAGCCUUUUCGGAAGAGGAAAUCGGGCAGCUGGUAGAGGAUUGGGCUAGCGCAGCAGAGAGAGCUUACAAGGCUGGCGUGGAUGUUAUUGAGAUCCAUGCCGCGCAUGGCUAUUUGCUCCAUCAGUUCCUUUCUCCUAUCACCAACCAGCGAACUGAUCGAUAUGGUGGGAGCUUUGAGAACCGCACCCGUGUGCUGAUUGAGAUCGUUGUGGCCAUUCGCAAGGUGAUCCCGCAGCAGAUGCCGUUGUUUCUGCGCAUCAGUUCGACCGAGUGGAUGGAGGAAACGGAACUGGGCAAGAAGUUUGGUAGCUGGGAUGUCGAAAGUUCCAUCAAGCUUGCCAAGUUACUGCCUGAUCUUGGUGUCGAUCUGUUGGAUGUCAGCAGUGGCGGAAACCACCCCGGCCAGCAGAUCAACAUGUUCGAUUCCAAGGACUAUCAGAUCCGGAUCGCGUCUCGCAUCAGGUCAGAGCUCAAGAAAGAGAACUUGAAGCUACUCAUCGGAGCUGUGGGUUUAAUCACUGAAGCAGAGCAGGCGAAGGAUAUUCUGGAGGGCGGUGCUGCAGCAACACAGCAGCCAGCAAACGACGCAGAGCUUGAGAAAGAAGCCAAGACAGCACUGAAGAUGACGGAACCGACGGAGGGAAAAGAGCCCAUGGCCGAUGUUAUCCUGGUAGCUAGGCAGUUCAUGAGGGAACCGGAGUGGGUUCUGAAAGUGGGCUGGCAGCUCAACGUGAACCUGAAUUGGCCGAACCAGUUUCUUCGAAUCCGGUUCCCCAAACUCUAA